GCGUUUUUCAUCAUUGCCAGCGACGGCGUUUGGGAGUUCUUGGAUUCGCAGUUCGUGGUGAAAGCUGUCGCCAAGAAGAUCCAGUCGGACGGUCCUGCCAAGACCUUGGAGAAGUUGCAGCGCGAGGCGAAGAAGCGCUGGAAGGCAGAGGAAGGUGACUACUGC